AUGAGAUGUUCACGCCUCAUCCAACUGCUAGAGAUAUGGAACAAGGCGAAGGGAAAGGAGCGCGAUGCCAUGUUGUGGGGAGACGAGGUCGAAUAUUUGGUUGUCACCUACGACAAGGAUGAGCCCAAGGUCCGUCUAUCGCUCAGACAAGCUGAGAUCCUCACGGCCCUCGCUGAGAGCCCCGAUUUGGCCAAGGAGGGCGGCUGCGUGCCUGAACUUCAAGAUGUAGCCAGAGAAUCAGGCACAACCCUCCCCGUCUUCCACCCUGAAUUCGGCCGCUUCAUGCUCGAAGCAACCCCGGGUAAGCCCUGGGGCAUCGGCUUCAAGGAGCUCCUCGAUGUCGAGCCCGACAUGAAGCUCCGCCGCAAGAUCGCAAAGGACCACAUGCACGCCAACGAGUACCCCAUCACCCUCACCACCUUCCCGCGCAUCGGCUGCCCCGGCGACUUCACCGAGCCCUACUACCCGCCCUCCGGCCCCAAGCUGCGCUCCCAGUUCGUCCCGGACGAGAUCGCCAAUCCGCACAUCCGCUUCCCCACCCUCGCCGCCAACAUCCGCUGGCGCCGCGGCCGCAAGGUCCAGGUCAAUGUCCCCGUCUUCCACGACAAGAACACCCCCAACCCCUGGAAGGACCCCACCGUCAACUACGACCUGCACAACUGGCCCGAAGACGACGACGUCCGCAGCGGCGGCGCCGCGCCGGACAACUUCAUCCACAUGGACGCCAUGGCGUUCGGCAUGGGCAGCUGCUGUCUGCAGAUCACGUUCCAAGCGAAGAACAUCACCGAGGGCAGGAAGAUGUACGACCAGCUCAGCCCGCUGGGCCCCAUCAUGCUCGCCCUGACGGCCGCCACGCCCAUGUACAAGGGCUUCCUCGCGAACACGGAUGUGAGAUGGAACCAGAUCAGCAGGGCGGUCGAUUGCAGAACGCCCGAAGAGCUCGGAGAGAAGCCCCUGAAGAACGACCGCUGGCGCAUCCCCAAGUCCCGCUACGCCUCCAACUCGACCUACAUCUCCACCGACCCGCGCCUGCGGCCCGAGUACCUCUACCCGGACCUCGUCAUCGACGAGGCCAUCAAGGCCAAGCUGAUGGCCGGCGGCAUGGACGACCGUCUCGCCACGCACUUUGCCCACCUCUUCAUCCGCGACCCCAUCGUCGUCUUCGAGGAGGACCUGCAGGAGCUCGACCUCUCCAAGACGGACCACUUCGAGAACCUGCAGAGCACAAACUGGCAGCACAUGCGCUUCAAGCCCCCGCCCGCCGACAACAGCAUCGGCUGGCGCGUCGAGUUCCGCCCCAUGGAGAUCCAGCUCACCGACUUCGAGAACGCCGCCUUCUCCGUCUUCAUGGUCCUCGUCACCCGCGCCAUCCUCAGCUUCGACCUCAACUUCUACAUCCCCAUCACCAAAGUCGACGAGAACAUGGAGCGCGCCCACAACGUCGACGCCGUCCUCAAGGACAAGUUCUUCUUCCGCAGGAACCCGUUCCCCAGCAGACCCGGCCGCCAGCUCGGCGAGAACAUCACCGCCAACCCGAACUCCACAUCCCGCCCCGGCUCGCGCCCCGGCUCCGCGGUGCCCAGCCGGCCCCCGACCCCCGUCGGCCCCGUCGAGGACGAGUACGAGGAGAUGACCGUCGACGAGGUCAUCAACGGCCGCCCCGACGGGGGCUUCCCCGGCCUGAUCCCGCUCGUCGAGAGCUACCUCGACGGCGUCAACGUCGACGUGCAGACGCGCUGCGAGCUCGACACGUACCUGCGCCUCGUCAGCCAGCGCGCGAGCGGCAAGCUGUCGACCGCGGCGCGCUGGCUGCGCGACUUCGUCGACGUGCACCCGGGCUACGCGCACGAUAGCGUCGUCUCGGAGGAGAUCCAGAAGGACAUCGUCGCGGCCGUCAUCGCCGUCGGCGAGCGGGAGACGGCGGGCAAGGGUUUCGGGGGGCUUGACGUCUACGGGCUGCCGAGCCUGCUCGGCGACUUCAGGAGGGGGUGCGGAGGAGGUGCGUAA